AUGAAGGAAUUGGGCUACAAAGUAAAUAGCCAAGGAAUCUUUCCAAACACUAAAAGUUUGGCCAAUGAAAUAUUUAAAAAAGAGAUUAAGACCCGCAAGGGUACUCAAAAAUUAAUUGGAGUUAUAAACUGGUACCGAAAGUUUAUACCCAACCUUUCAACAAAGAUAGCAGAAAUUAGCAAUCUACUAAAAGGGAAAGAAAAUAAAGCACUUUUAACACCAAAGAAGGAAAAAGUAAUCUAUAAAGUAAAGGAGGAGAUAUUAAAUGGUGCAAAGUUAUGUUUUCCUAAUUAUAAAAAGAAAUUUUUACUUGAAUGUGAUGCUUCGGACAUAGGAUUAGGAAGCAUACUUCGGCAAGAAGAUAAAAUAAUAGGAUAUUACUCCAAAAAAAUUACUUAA